UUUUAAAACGACUAUCCCGCCACGCACAAAAUUCAAUGUUCUAUUAUUCUAAAUUCUAAUCAAGUACGCUAAUGGCGGCGCCCAUGGUUUCAGGAGUCAUCAAGACACCAGAAUCAUUUCCAGUUAAAACAAAGCAGGUUGCAGUCGAGAUUAACAAGAUAAGAACAGAGUUGAUUUGUACACAGUUUAAAGACAGAAUCUUUUUCAUAGUGACACAGUACAAUAAGAUUGGUACAUUGGUAAAGGUGACACAGAACAAUAUCACUGAUGACACUGGUACUGGAUUAUCUAUGUAUAGUACAGACAUACUCAUGGGAAAAGAUGAGCCAUUGACGCAUGUGAUUGCCAGAAAUCUUAUCACAGAGUUGUCGGUACAUAAACCAAUACUGCUGUCAUUUGCUCUGAAAGACACCACAGCACCGACGGUAAAAACAAUUGCCAAGAUUCUUCCCUCCAUCGUCUAACUGUCUGUAUUACUGUCUGCUUACAACAAAACUGUACUGAAAACUGAAAAGAAAAUUUGAGUGAAAUAAGUGAGAAGGCUAAAGAAGGAUUCAGGGAUUG